AUGGGGCGAAAGAACCGCCGUAAGGUAAAGGUUCAAGACGAGGAAUCAGAGGAUGGCCCUGCCUCAUCCGAUAUGUCGCCCAACACGCGCAAAGAGUAUGAAAAAUCACAGAUCAUGAAAGCAGAUCUUGGUCUAGCCACGGCCGACCACAUCAAAACCAGCGACUAUCGUCGUCCUAUUCAACAGAACUUCGAUCUUGUCCGCUUGUGUGAUGAGGAAGGCAGCGAGGAGAGAAAGCUUGCUGUAGAGAACAAAGUGCAGACAUCCCAAUGGCUCAAAUGGGGGAAUACAGAGGAGGCGCGAAACACUGCGUCCGGUGACCGUCAACUUGGAACGGGCAAUACUCAUCGACGGGCUCUCGCCGAGUCUCUUGCAGAAACGAGUCGGCAAGCAGGUCACGCAUUAACCCUGGCAGACACGUAUCAUGACCGAGGCAGCAAACAUCCCAAGGGUGAUUUGACUCUCAAUCUCUACAUAUCUGCUAACCCUGUCUCCAGAGCCAUACCCAAGGGACCCGCGAAGAUAUCUAUCUCAGAGAUGUCGGCUUUCAAGAAGAAACCUCGUCCAACUCCUCUUCAGGGGCGUCCAUGGCCUCCCUCAGCUCUCGAAGGGUCUCCUUUCCUGUCAGCACCAGCUCAACCCAUAUCUUUCGGGAAGAUACCCACGCCGCAGCCUCCCUUUACUGCCAUUGCAACUACUUUCCAAGCUGGCACAACCAUUGAUCAGCUCCGGCCGCCUAAGUCAGCCGUGCUACCAUCUCCGCGUCUGAGAUCUAGACAAUGCGUGCCUUUAGUCGAUGCAUCGACAUUCAUGUCAAGUGCCACAAACAUGUUGGCUUCGAGGCCACAGUCGAAGAUGCAGGAAUCCCCAGCUGGAACUAGUCUUUCAAAUACUGCUGCUGCUCCUGUAUUGGAAACCCAGGCAGAUCCUCGGCAAGAAGGCGGCGGCAUAGUCACUCAGUCCGCUCAUAAUGAAUCCGCAAUCCGCAAGGUCCCUGUAACAGAAUUUUCCUUCUCUGCCGACGCAGCACUUGCAAACACACAGGUCUCCACCCAUACAGACGGUGCACCUAGCUCUGCAGUACUUUCUGAUUUCUCACCCGCCGCCGAGAGUGAGCGACUGGUCAAAGAUGCCAAUGGCUCUCAAUUUGGCACUCCCCUUGUUGGUCUAGGUAUUCAAGGCCCCGGCUUUGAAAAGAUAACCUCGACGAAACCCAGUCUCCCUCCAAGCCCGCUCCCUACAGGCCUAUCCUCGCAAAAUGGGAGCUUAUUGGACUCGCCUAUUCUUGAAGACAUGGGUGGCAGUGUCCUUGUCGCUGACAAGAGCAAGGAGAAAGAGGUCGUUGUGAUCGACGGAGUACGAUACAUCCCAGAGUCCAGACUUUUGGCCUUCAAACAGAGCAUCGAAAAACGUGCAAUCACUAUUCGCGAGGACCCUCUUUCGCCUGUUUCUCACAAAGAAGCUCCGCCGAUCAAGCCUGAAGUGCAAAUUCCGCCAUUGGCGCUCUCCACGAAUGAGCCUGCCAAAGCAACUGUAGAGGUUCCUACCAAACCUAUCAACCCUUUUGAGUCACGAGGUACUGCUCCUGAAAAGACGUCAGAUCCAGUGGUUCCACAUGCCGUUGUUCCUGAACCAUCUCAAGUUCCCCAACGUCUGCCACUGACAUUGGACGAAGCACUGGUUGUCGCUGUAAACUCGCCUUUGGCUGCGUUGAUUACGCAAGGGACUGCUAAAGCAUCUGCUAAGGCCAAAGCUACAAAGCAUGCGAUUGUGUCGAAAUGGGCAGCACCUCCUGGAGAGGUUUAUGAGUCACAUCAAUUGAGCAAGGACAUUUCUCAAAUUGAUCUAGUUGAUUCUGAGUCUGUUGAUGCAAGCAGCCAAGUCAAGCAGCCGGUUCUGCAAUCAAAGUCUACGAAUGGAGGUCACUGGGGAAAGAAGCCUAAGCAUAACCCAUUCGAAGCAGUGCUAGCGCGCGUCGAGUCAGAAUCAGCAUCGUCUGCCGGUGAAAAGGAAGCCACUAAUGUCAUUGGUGACCAAAAUGCGUUCAAAGCUCCCGCUAAACAUGCUGCAAAAUUUUCCAUGUCUGUAACUGCACCAGCAGCUUCGUACUCCGCUCCGAAACGUUACUUUGCUGCUCCAGGCCCGGGAUAUGCGCUCCUUCUGGCUGACCUCGUUCAGAAAGAACCAUCGACCUCUGCCUCCGCUUUCGAUGGCGAGAGUGACGACGAGGAACUGUGAGUCAGACACCCAGCAAUCGGGUGAGCUUUGAGGCACAUCACAGCACUGCUCGCAUUAUCAUCACUAAGGCGCUGGAGACCUUUCAAGAAGAGACACGUUCUCAAGGCCAUCCAGUCUCUUCUACGAGAACACAGAACAUUUCGACCUUUUGCUGCCCCCUUGUAUGACCACCAAGAGUUUCAACCCCCUUUUUCAGGUUAACCAUUCGACAAUGAUCCUCUCAAAUGCACAUGCACAAAAUAAGAAAACAAGAAAAAAAGUCGAAAACCAACAAAGAAACUCCACGAAACAGCUUCUUCGCCCGGCUCAUAUCAACGACUGAGUCGAGAUCUCCCCAUCUCGGUUUACGGUUCGCAGCUUAAACAAGCUUGCUGUUGCUUUUCCUCGAUCCUGUACUCCGGUCUUUACUUCAACGUGGAGACGAAAAGGAACUUCGGCUGGCACCAGCUGGCACGAGCUAAAAGUUCACAAAAUAGCAUCGGUCUUCAACAACCUGUUGCUUACCCCUCACAAACUUGGCUCCCCUUGCUUUUUGCGACACCAUUUUUUGACGCCUGUAUGAGAUACACCACAGGGCUCCGGACGAUUGGACGGUCGGUCAGGGAGUGCCGCAGAAAAAAUGAUGACAUAAGCGUCACUCGAGGUGACAAGGAGGGAGAGAGAGUUGAACAAGGCAAGAUUCAGCGAUUUGGGUGCGUGCAUGGUGCGCACGUACCCUUCUACGCUGCAAGAAAUGGAAAUCCAGCC